AUGGCGGAGGAUGGUGGGAUAAAUCUAGUAGAAGAGAAUCUUCAACUAAAGUCUGAACUGAAAGUGUCUAUACAGGAAAAACAUGCGGCAGCUGAAUAUGGUCUGAAGCUGUUGGAAACUAACCAACAGCUGCAAAAUCAACUUGAAGAGUUGAAUAACAAAUGUGAAGAAUUAGACCGAGAAUUAAAAAUCACUCGCAAGAAUUUAGAGGAGCAAAACCUCAUUCAACGGAGACUGAGUAUUGCUGGUUUUCAAGAGGAAGAUGACCUGGUAUCAGAAUCAGCUAACAGAGAGCGGGAUCUGCGAAACCAAGUGCAUGAUUUGGAAGUUGAGCUCAAAGAUGUAAAGCUGAAGUAUGAAAGACAAAUGAUGGAAAACGAUGCAUUGCACCGGAGAAUUUCUGAACAGCAGUCGUCACAGGAGGACUUGGAAAAGCAGUUCAGGAAUUUAAAGUCUGAAAUAAGAGAUGCGAAAUCAAAGGAGGUGCAAAUUCUAAAUGAGUACGACGAUCUAGAGGCGGAGAAUUUGGAGCUGCAAAAGACGAUACUUUCUCUUAAACUAGCCAAGUGGAAUUUGAAAGUGUGA